AUGAGCAGUGAGGUUCAGCACAGCUACCAGCUGCGGUCGCGCAUUCCGCGACCUCGAAGCGCCUUCAUGCUGUUCGCGGAGGAAAAGAGGCGAUCGGUGGCCGAUGAGAACCCAAACGAGAACAACCAGCGCGUGAGCAGCCGCCUGGGCGAGCUGUGGCGUUCUCUCAGCACCGCCGUCAAGGAGCCGUACCAGCGCAAGGCGGCCGAAGCUGCCAUCGUCCACCGAAGAAAUCACCCGGACUACGUCUACAACCCACGUGAGGCCCACCGGCGCAAGGGCCAGGAGCGCAGGGCCAAGGCGGUUGUUAGCAAGCCCAAGAAUGGCAGUUCCGGGGACCAGGAGCAGCAGCCGAGCAUUUCCACAGCCGUGGCCCAAGAUCGAGGUUUCCCGGAGUUCCAGCAUCCACCACCACCACCGUCGCAAAGGAACGAACGCCGUGGAACCAGCGCUGCCCGUGGCAGCGCUUCGGGUGCUGCUCAGAGAAUGCCGCUCCCUAGGCCGACGGCCACUGUCACGGCCACGGCGUCGGCUCGCUCGGAUGCUCGGCCCUACAACGUGCACCGGUUCACCGCUCCUCUUCAACCGUCACUGCGUUGGGCGAACAGAGAAAACGCCUUGCCCACCACUCUGUUAACGGCAGCGCGCGCAUUCAAACAGGCUAAAACGCCAUAUGCCCGAAUAAUGCUUCACAACCAGGUAUCCUCGACACUUCUGAACGACGAAGACGACGACUCGUCAGCGGGCACGUCGUCGUUCGACCAGAAGUGGAUUCCUGGAGAGCCUGGGCUCUGCAGGCGGUGCCCCAGGCGAAGAGGCCGCUCCCGGUGA